AUGAUACUACGAGGAAGUAGGCAUCAAUGUAAUAGUGGUACUAAUCUAAUCCUCGGGUCCCUUGUGAAAUCAAUACGACGUCAUAUACAUACUUCAAAUGAACCAGAUACAGUUCUUAUACCAACCAUUUUAAAAUCAAUCGAUCAGAAAUCAAAACAUAACCAAUUCACUAUAGAUGGAUUGAAAAAGUCAAAUAAUCAAUCUAUGGAAGAUAUCCUUACUGUAUUACAAGAAUCAGUCGAGGAUACCACUCGAAAUCAUAAUGAAUUUACCAUCAGUCCUAUUUUAAUCAAAUUAUCUCAUUUCAAUUAUGCUAUGAAACAUCAUAAUUCUCAAUAUUUAAGUACUUUUGCAAAUGAUUUCGGUUCAAAGAUCAUCAAUAUAGUGUUGUUUCGAAUAUUUAAUAAAUAUGGAGUUUAUUAUGAUCAUCCUCAAUAUUUACAACUUGAACGAAAUAAUUUCAUUCGAAAUGAAUUGAUUGAAAAAUAUACCGAAUCAAUAACCCAUAAUAAUACGGGCAUGGAUGCAAGAUUGAAUCUAAGUUGGCAACAAAGUAUCGUUAAAUCAUUUGAAUUUGAUAUCAAGACAUGUUUAAAUGGGUUAAUUGAUGAGUUUAAAUCAACCAUUAUACCACAAGUAAUUACAAGUCCACUUAUGGAAACAUUUAAUAGUUUCCCAUUAUGGAAUUUACCUCGUAUGAAGAUCCUUGAUAUUGAUGAAGUUAAUAAACGAGUUUGUUUCCGUGAUGAACAAUAUCCUACUAAAGGGAGUAUAUUAUCAUUAUCAUGGGCUAAGAAUGAAGGUAUGGAAAGAGAUGAAACUAAUCUAUUAUGUUAUUUAGAAAUGGAAGAAAGAGUUUUAUGGAGAUUGAUUGAACUUAAACAAAUGGCGAACAAUUUAAAAGUAUCUGAAGCUGACAAAUUAAUGAAAUUAAUGAAAUUAUAUGAAAUUGAAGGUCAAUAUACCUUUGAAGUAAUGAUGAAACGAAUUUUACUUAAAAUAGUGGACACUAAACUUGAUGAAGAUGGACAAUUGAAACCUGAAUUCCAAGAUCCACUCUUAAUGUUGGAUAAAAGUGAAUCAAGCAUAUCAUUCUUCAAUGCUAAUGAUAUAAUACCGGAUAAUACUAAUAUUAAAAGAGUUAAAAAACCAAAACAACAAUAUUGGCAAUCAAGAGGGAUUGGGAAAAGUAAACCCCAAAAGAGUCAAGUUAUUGAUAAAAUGGAUGAGAUUAAUAUUACAAAAUUUGAUUAUGGUAGUAUUGAUGAUGAAUAUAUUUUAAACAAUUUUAUUGAAAACAUGACCAAUUUAAAUAAAUUUAAAAUCAUUGUUGCUUUCAAAUCAAAAUUAUAUCAUCGAAUUCAAAAUGAAGAGUAUGUUACUGCUUUAAGUUCAUGUACUAAUCGAUAUAGAUCAUUAACUGAUGAAGAAAUAAAAUUAAAACUUAUCCUGUACUUUGAUAGAUUCUGGAGAGUUAUUUCGAUUACGGAUACAUAUCUCAGUUAUUCCUGGAUCAUAGAAAUAUUUAAACAUUUACAACAUAAUCGUCUUCUAAUUAAUGAUGAAAUGGUAUCACUUGCCAUCAAUGAUUAUAAGUCGACCAUUGAAAGACAGAUUAAUCUUGGAGAACGGAAAAUUAAUGGUAGAAGUGGUAGUGGUGGCGAUCAUGAUUUAAGUCAACCUAUCAAUACCCCCAUUCAAGACUUAUUUGAAUCAAUGAAGCAAAUUAAGCAUGAUAAUAAAAAGAUUAUCAAUAAUAAUCAACAGAGUAAAUAUAAUUCGAAAACCAAUCAUACUGAAAAGAAUAGAUGA